GCCCCGCGGCGCCCCCCGGUCCCGCCCGCCAUGCCCGGCCCGGCCGCGGGCAGCAGGGCCCGGGUCUACGCCGAGGUGAACAGCCUGAGGAGCCGCGAGUACUGGGACUAUGAGGCUCACGUCCCGAGCUGGGGUAAUCAAGAUGAUUACCAACUGGUUCGAAAACUUGGUCGGGGAAAGUAUAGUGAAGUAUUUGAGGCCAUUAACAUCACCAACAAUGAGAGAGUGGUUGUAAAAAUUCUCAAGUCAAAGACGCCGGCUUUGGUAUUUGAAUAUAUCAAUAAUACAGAUUUUAAGCAACUAUACCAGAUCCUGACAGACUUUGAUAUCCGGUUUUAUAUGUAUGAGCUGCUUAAGGCUCUGGAUUACUGCCACAGCAAGGGAAUCAUGCACAGGGAUGUGAAACCUCACAAUGUCAUGAUAGAUCAUCAACAGAAAAAGCUGCGACUGAUAGACUGGGGCCUGGCAGAGUUCUACCACCCUGCUCAGGAGUACAAUGUCCGUGUAGCCUCGAGGUACUUCAAGGGCCCGGAGCUCCUCGUGGACUAUCAGAUGUAUGAUUACAGCUUGGACAUGUGGAGUUUGGGCUGUAUGUUAGCAAGCAUGAUCUUUCGAAAGGAGCCCUUCUUCCAUGGACAGGACAACUACGACCAGCUUGUUCGCAUUGCCAAGGUUCUGGGUACAGAUGAGCUGUAUGGCUAUCUGAAGAAGUAUCACAUAGACCUAGAUCCGCAUUUCAACGAUAUCCUGGGACAACAUUCACGGAAACGCUGGGAAAACUUUAUCCAUAGUGAGAACAGACAUCUCGUCAGCCCCGAGGCCCUAGAUCUUCUGGACAAACUUCUGCGAUACGACCAUCAGCAGAGACUGACUGCCAAAGAGGCCAUGGAGCACCCGUACUUCUACCCCGUGGUGAAGGAGCAGUCCCAACCUUGUGCAGACAACGCUGUGCUUUCCAGUGGCCUCACGGCAGCCCGGUGAAGUCUGGAAGGCGACGGGUAAUGCGGCAUUGAUGCUUGCCAAUAAAAUCAACCAACCAAACACAAAUCUUGAAGGAAACUACAAUGUGAUAAAAAGAAGUUCUAGUCAUUCCUUCUAAAUGCAAAGAAGAGUAAAGACCUAAAUGUCAAAAAGAAAGAAAGAAAUUCCCCAGUACUAGUUACUACAGGGAGCCGCCAUUCUGGCAGUGUGACGAUGCACAUAGUUCAGGAUCUGAGGGAACACUCCCUUUGGAAUGCAUGGGAGAUGAGAGACUCGGAGUUGUUGUGCAUUUGCGUUUAUUUAACAGGAGACCGCUGUUGAAUUAACCUGUUCAGUCAACAAGCUCUGAAUAUCUGACUUCCUAUCUAUUCCACUGUGGUCUGGGUUUCCUUUGGUGAGAUUCAGGCUCAAGUUUUAGCAAAAUGUCAGCAGUCUAUACUGACACACCAGCCUCAUUUACGAAAAGGAGAUAUUAAAACAGUGACAGUAUUUUUUUUUUAAGCUCUUUUACAAAUUCAUGUUUUAUGUAUUUUUUUAUGACAUGAGCUCUCUAGGAAAUGUACCUCAUCCCUGCAGUUUUCUUCUAAGUGUAUUCAUUUGGGAGCAAACUGCAGUCACUCUCACAAGGGUCCCCUUUGCUGUCAGAAGGCAUCACUUUAAACCUUGUGACGCUGUGUCCAGGGCCGUCUGUCUCCUCAAAAGUUCGAUGCAAAGUGCAUAACUUGGAGCUCACUGUAACCUUUGUUGAUUUGCCUAACCAUAAAACCUUGUUGCUGUUU